ACAUAUAAUUCUGACUUAGCAGAACAGAGAGCACCUCGGAUAGAGGUCAUUGCCCAGUUGUCCGCGCUAUGUUGAAACUAUCUCUUGCGGUGGUACUCACUUUAUUCCUGUUCGGAAUAGCGAGAGUGUCUCCUCAGCAAAGUAGUUCCGACUUGUUACUGACCCUGGCGGUGGGGGGUCUGGCGGGAUGGGCGCUGAGUAAACAUGUCCAACGAAACCGGAGACAGGACGCCAUUAACGAACAUCUGCUGUCGCGGGCGGCACGACCCGCUGUUCCCAUGGUUCCAGGUGGAUGGCAGGACCCGUAUUACAAUGAUUUCAGCGGCGGAUCUGGCUUUGAAGACUUCCAUUCUGGAGACUUCAACUCUGGUUUCCAUGAUCGCAGACGACAGAGAGACUUUUCUGCUGGGUGGUAGCCCAUGACAGAAUUCUAUGCCCUCGGAGUGGUGUUGGCGUAAGGCAUGUACGUAGGCCUACAUUGUAUAUAUGAACAUUGUUUUAAAAUAAGUUGUAGAAUUAUAGACUUUAAUAAAAAUUGUAAUUGAUGAAA